GUUGUGAAACGAUUGGAAGUUAGCGGAGCAUUCCACACUGUACAAAUGCACGAUGCAGUACCUAUCCUUCGCAAUGCACUUGCUGGAGUCCAACUAAACCCUUCAAGAUGCAAUGUGUACUCAAAUUACACGGGACAUAUCUAUCCAGCAAAGAAUGCAGAAAUUCGCGGCGUAAUCGUUAAACAAGUGACACAUCCUGUCAAGUGGGAACAGAUACAGCAACUGCUUUAUCGAAAGCAUCGCGAUUACACAUUCCCGAUGUUCGUCGAAUUGGGCGCCGGACGACAACUCGGCGCAAUGUUGUUACAAACAAGCAAAAAAGCUUAUAAGAAUUACCAACAUAUCAGUUGUUAG